AAACCGGUAUAACUGUUUCUGUUUUUUUAAAACAGGCUAAGGCAAAAGACUUUUCUUUUGAUGCGAAGAUUUCACCACAUAUCACUCUUUCACUACUCUCGGGUAGGCACCUCUGCAGGUGCUGCUUGCUGCAACUUUCUCCUGUGAUUUCAGUCAGUUGCAACUACUGCUCCAGCGACCAGCAGGACAGCUCGCCGCUCCGACCGAACACCGCGGCACCCGCCGCUCGGAGACACGGCGGCCCCGAGCCCCGCUCACGGCCGCGCUCCGUCGCCCUACGGUCCAGAUGAUUCCUGCUGCGUCAGCUCGCCUUCUCACCGGGGAGCUCCGGGGGCGUGUGUGGCGGCGUCCCCCGGCCAGCGGGCGGCACAGCCCUUGCAGGCAGAGGCCGCGGACUCUAAGCGGGAGCAGUUCCGCCAGUACUUGGAGAAGUCGGGAGUGCUGGACAUGCUCACCAAGGUCGGCGAGGCGGCCGGCAGAAGAACUCGCCUGGAAAACUUGGUGCGGCGUGGCCUGGAAAUGGAGUCCGAGCUGGGCGGCGAGGUGGUGCACGCUGGGAGAGGGCAGAGGGCCUCUGGAAACGUGCCCUGUGAGCUGCAAACCGUUCAUUCCUCGCACGUUCAUCGUGUGGGGGUCGAUUGUCAGAGUGUUGGUAGCCUUAUAUGAAGAACCAGAGAAACCAGAUAGUGCACUGGAUUUUCUGAAGCAUCAUCUGGGAGCUUCAGCUCCUGAGAAUCCGGAAAUAGAGGCACUUCGCUUGGAAGUGGCAGAGAUGAAAGAAAAAUAUGAAGCUGUGAUGGAAGAAAAUAAAAAACUGAAAAUCAAGCUGGCUCAAUAUGAACCACCUCAAGACGAGAAGCAUGGUGAAUAAGAGUAGUUUUUCCUUUAAUGCCUUGACUUAAUAAAGGGCUUCCUGAGAAA